UUCCUCUACUAACCGGGGGCGGGGCACCCUCUCUGCCCCUGGCAAUGCUCAGGACUGGGUGAGAGGGCUGGGUGUCGCUGAGCCAGAGUGACCUCCAAUUAGCGUGAGAGCCCCCUCCAGACCGGGCUUCCUCGCCGCCGUCACCUGCUACACCAAGGUCUUCCCCCGCCCGGAUCCCUGGGAGCAGGGCUCAGCUGCCCUCCCUGGCCCUCAGCCCGGUGGAGUCCCUGCCGCCACCCACACAGCAUCUCCACCCAGCCCUGCCAGCCCCUCCCAGGUGCCCGCAGUGGAGCAGCCCUGCCCAGCCCCUCCCAGGUGCCGGCUCCACAGCACCCCAGACUUCAGCUUCACCAUGGGCCGGCUGAGGCCCUGGGCCCGCUACGGGCUCCUGCUGGUGGCCCACCUGCUGGCCCUGGGGCUGGGGGCUGCGGUGCUGCGGGCGCUGGAGGGGCCGCCAGCACUGCGGCUCCAGGCCGAGCUCAGGGCCGCGCUGGCCGCCUUCCAGGCUGAGUUUGGGGCCUGCUUGCCGCCGGGAGCGCUGCAGGAACUGCUGGACACUGCCCUGAGAGCCCAGGCCCACGGGGUCUCCAACCCGGGCAAUGCCUCGGAGGCCAGCAACUGGGACCUGCCCUCGGCCCUGCUCUUCGCUGCCAGCAUCCUCACCACCACCGGUUACGGACACAUGGCCCCUCUGUCGGCGGGCGGAAAGGCCUUCUGCGUGGCGUACGCCGCGCUGGGGCUGCCGGCCUCCCUAGCACUCGUGGCCGCCCUGCGCUGCUGCCUGCUGCCCCGGCUCAGCCGCCUGGCGGCCUGGGUGACCAGGCCCUGGCAGCCCGCCCCGGCCAGGGCCGCGCUGCUGCAGGCAGCGGCCCUGGGCCUGCUGGUGGCUGCCGCCUUUGUGCUGCUGCCCGCCCUGGUGCUGUGGGCCCUGCGAGGUGACUGCAGCCUGCUGGAGGCCCUGUACCUCUGCUUCGGCUCGCUCAGCACCAUCGGCCUGGGGGACCUGCUGCCCGGCGGCGGCCGGAGCCUGCCUCCGCUCAUCUACCACCUGGGCCAGCUCGCGCUCCUCGGUGAGUCCCGGGGAGGAAGGGGGAACCUGGACUGCGGCUCCCAUAACCUCCCGGAGCUGGGCUUCGCAGGGGUGAGGCCCCGACCCCUGCCCAGGUGCAGGAGGGGCAGUCCGGGCGGACCCCUGGGCAGCACCACCAGGUGCCAGGUGGGUCCCCGCCCCAGAGGCGCGCGGAGGUCGUCAGCAGCGCCCUGGCAACCUCUCCUCCCCAGGUUACUUGCUCCUGGGACUCCUGGCCAUGCUGCUGGCCGUGGAGACCUUCUCCGAGCUGCCCCAGGUCCGUGCCAUGGUGAAGUUCUUCGCGUCCAGUGGGCCCUCGACGGCUGAGGACCAAGGAGGCAUCCUAGGCCAGGACGAACUGGCGCUGAGCGGCCCCCUGCCCGCGGCCGCCCCAGCCUCUGAGCAGGCCCCCGCGUGCUGACCGGGUGUCCGGUGCCCCAGCUCGGCUCCUUAAAGCGCCGGGGGCGGGGCCGAGUGGACACGAACACGAGGGCGGGUUGGGGCGGGGGGAAGAACGUGUCGGGGUUUACCCAAAAAAAUAAAAGUAAAAUAAACCGGG